CGCCCGCUCCUCUCUCCGGAAGCCGCCGGUCGUCAACCGUUAAGCGGACGCGCGCGGGUCCGGCUCCCCGGUGUCAGGCGGCGGGAUGCGGCUGACGUGCGCGCUGCUGUUGGCGGGCUGCGUGUGCGGGAGUGUGGCGGUGGAGCCGGUCAGCGCGAGCCUCGCCGUCGGUGUGGCCGCGGCUCUCACCGGCUUCCUGGCCCGGUAUCAGAACGCGCUCUACUACUUUCACGAAUGCUGCCGACCCGAGUGGAUCUCGUACAACAACACAGGUCUAAAGCAUGACCUCAAACAGAAGCUCUACGGGCAGCACGUCGCGGCUGAGGUCGUCCUGAAGGCCGUCACGGGCUAUGAGGAGCGAAACCCAAAGAAACCGCUGGUUCUGUCUCUCCACGGCUGGACCGGGACCGGGAAGAACUUCGUGAGCCAGCUUAUAGCGGAAAAUAUUUACCAGAAAGGCAUGAUGAGCAGCUUCGUUCAUCUGUUUACGGCGACAGCGCACUUUCCUCACGAGGCUCACAUCGACAAGUACAAGACGCAGUUACAGGAGUGGAUACGAGGGAACGUUUCCGUCUGCCCGCGGUCGAUGUUCAUCUUUGAUGAAAUGGAUAAAAUGCAUCCCGGGCUGAUCGACAGCAUAAAGCCUUACCUGGACUUCUACGAUAACCUGAACGGAGUGUCCUACAGACAGGCCAUCUUCAUCUUCCUCAGCAACGCUGGGGGUGAGAAGAUCGUUGAGGUGGCUCUGAACUUCUGGAAGGAUGGUAGAGAUCGAGAGGAGAUCCAGCUGAAGGAUCUAGAGACGGCCCUGUCGCUAGCCGUCUUCAACAACAAAAACAGCGGUUUCUGGCACACUAGCUUGAUCGAUAAGAAUCUGGUGGAUUUCUUCGUGCCGUUUCUUCCUCUGGAGUACAAGCACGUCGUCCAGUGCGGUCUGGCUGAGAUGGUCUCCAAGGGUCUUCCCCCGGAUAAGGAAGUGGUGGAAACCAUGGCCCGUGACCUGAACUACUUCCCUAAAGAGGAGCGCGUCUUCUCCAUGCAGGGCUGCAAGGUCAUUCCCGCCAGGCUGGACUUCUACAUUUGAUGGAGAACGGGGGGGAAACAAAGACUCGGAGACAGCAAGCCGGUUCUCUUUGUGUGCUUUUUCCCCCCGGUAGAACUACUUCUGCAGUAAAGAGCUGCUCGUCACACUGAAUUGCGCGCUCUCUGAAGCAGGGGGUGUUUUUACUCGAUCACCGGUGUCUCGUACACUAACUAGACUGUUUUAUGAACGUCGGCUCAGCUGCUGAAGCCCUCGUUUUCAAGGGCGUUCCUGUUCGAGCAGCGGAGGAAGCUUUUUUUAUUAGACUUUGCACAUCACGGAGCUCGUAAAAACGCUGUUUUAUAACGAUCUGUGUUAAUUAUCACGAGGGGAGAAGUUGAUUCGCCUUUUUCUUGAAACACGUUCAUUUCUGCCUUUUAUUUAAACGUAAAAUUGAGGAUCCGGAGGACGCCUUGAAUUUCGUUUGGGACGAUUUUGAAACAGUAAGGCGAUUUGUUUUUCAAUCGGUGAACGUUGGGAUAAUUUAUUUUUCCGUCGAUGUGUGCCACUGCUUCGGCUUGAAGGUUUUGCUGAGUGAAUCAAAGUGCCUGUUCAUCUUAACAGAAAAAAAAAAUAAAUGUUUAAACGCGUCGUGUUUGGGACAGUCAUAAAACCCUCGAAACACUCGAAGGAUUCGAUCUGCGUUUGUGAUGUUGAUAAAAGCUGUCUGACGUAAA